GACUGGAUCAAGCAGCACAACGAAGAAGUUGAGCUCGAGAUCAAAGGCAUCAAGCAGAAAGGCGUCUGGCGGCUCGUCGGGGAAGAGGGUGUCUUCGAUUUCGAAGAAUACGAAGACACGGCCGUGGCCGAGAAGAUCAUCGAACACGAGGGCGGGGACGAACCGUUCUCUGAGGUGGCCUUCGCCCGGAAGAAAGAGGCCAUGCACAACGCCUGGACGGCUCAGAGCAAGGCUCGAGAAGCCGUGUCUGUCAAAGGCCCAGAGCUUGGCAUGGAAGCCUUGUUGGCCCUUGUGCAAAACACGGCCUCAGGCCAAGGUUCUUCUUCCAAGCAGCGGCCUCUGGCCAGGUCUCGAAGCCGCUCGCGUGCUGGCAGGUCCAGCAAGGCCAGCAGCUCCAGCGAUGAAUCUGCCAGCGACGCUGAAGAGGGGCCAUUGGCUGGGUUGUCGUUGCUUGUUUCUAGUACGGCAUCGGCCAAGGCAAAGAGUGCCAGUGGCAGCAAACCUCCAGCUUCAAGCAAAGCAGGAAACGCUCCAACAGGCAAACCUGGGCUCCUUCGCAGCAAUUCAUCAGGCAUGUGGAAGGUGCGAAUAUGUUGUGUUUCUGGGUGUCCUUUGCAUUGCAGCCAUGUAACAUUUCUGGACGUUUCUUGCUUUAAGGCGGUUUAG